AUGGCUACUAAUUCAACAGGACAUGCUGCUGAAAAAGUUGCCAAAGCUUUUGUGGUUCAAUACUAUAACAUUUUACAAACCCGAAUCGACCAAUCGUAUCGAUUCUACAAGGAAAAAAGUAUUCUAAGUUGGCCAUCGUCCGAUGGUGAAAUUAUGUCUGUCACAACUUCUGAUGGCAUAAAUGAUUUUAUCAUGUCAUCACACUUUAAGGGUAGCAAAGUUGAAGUCAAAAAUGUUGACUCUCAAUCAUCUGUUGCUGGAGGUGUUUUGGUGAUAAUUAUGGCUUACUUAAUUGGGCAAGACAAGUCUAGAAAAAGGUUUUCUCAAACUUUUUUUCUUGCUCCACAAGAGACAGGAUACUAUGUAUUGAAUGAUAUUUUUAGAUUUAUUGAUGAAGAAGAAAAAUCUUCAACAAUUGUUGAGGAAAAUGGUUCAAUUGAUACUCCUUUAGCUAUUCAGAGCAGCGCUGAAAACAAUGUUCAGAGGAAAGCUGAAAAUAACGUUCAGAGCAAAGCUGAAAACAACGUUCAGAGCAAAGCUGAAAAUAAUGUUCAGAUCAAAGCUGAAAACAACGUUCAGAGCAAAGCUGAAAACAAUGUUGAUGAUAAAGUUGACCAGAAGCCUUCAAGCCCAAAAGAACAAGAACAAAAAAAGGACCCUGUGGGGCCCGCCAUCGUUGAGAACGAGGCUCCAAAAAUUACCUAUGCUUCAAUGAUAAAGCAAGGUAGGUCCUCGCCACCAAAAAAUGGUGGCCUCUUACCGGCUCCUAAAAAGCCGCAACCCAACAACUUGGUGAAGUCUAGUUCGACUGGUCUGUUGAAAGUUGCAAGUACUCAUUCAACCAAAGUUGCGCGAGACAAUUAUGAUAAUGACAUCGAAUAUAAAUCGAUAUUUGUUGGAGGAUUACCACCCAACACAACAAAAAAUGAUUUAUAUGCUGUUGUUAAAGAGUUUGGACCCCUUCACAUUCAAGAUGUUCAACUAAAAGCUUAUGAGGCAUAUCAGGAUGGAUAUUGUUGUGGUUUUGUGCAUUUCCAAGAUGCAAUUUCUGCUCAAAAGGCUGUCUAUACUCAUCACAUUAUGGUGAAGGGGAAACGAGCUUACAUGAGAUACAAGAGACAUAACAAAGUUCACGGAGAUAGGGCAAAUUCUCCACCGGAGAGAGGUGAGUUUCGAGGUGGUCGACGUUCGAGGAGCCGGCCUCAAAGUUCUGAUGGACGUUGGGGAGAAGGUUACCAACAAAAGUACUAUAAUUAGUGUUGUUUUAAGCUAAAUUAAUUAUAUCAAAUCUUGUUAUGGUUUUAUUGCAUGUUCAUGUUGAAGGUACAAUAUUUGG